UUCUCAUCUCUCUAACUGACACACAACUCCUUCAGCAAUAAGCAAUAUACAGAAAACAAAUUCUAGUUUGCUUCUCUCUCUCUUUUUCUAGCUUUCUUUCUUUCUCUUCUUUAUGGAAGGAGACAGAAAGAAGAGGAAGAUGGAUUACGAAGAAGAGGAUGAAGAGGAAAAGAUUGAGAAGUUCUUUGCUCUGAUUAAGAGUACAAGGCAGGUGUGUGAGAUGCUCAGGGGCAGCUCGAACUGGCCAUUGAAGAAGAAAGAUCAGAAUAAGAAGGAAGAGGAUCGAGAGAAGAGAACCGGCGGUGCUUGGAACCCGGCAUUUCAACCAGAAGACUUCCUUGAUCAAGAUGAUAAAGCCACUAGUGAUGGUCAUGGUGCAGGUCCUUCGAAGAAUCAAGAAGAAGACAAAAAGGAAGAAGAUAAAGGAGGUGAUGGUUUAGACCUGAAGCUUUCUCUGUAGGAAGUUCGGAACUGUGAAAGUGUAGUAUUUGAAAACUUGGAACUUGGAAGGCAGGUCGAAUAUUGACCUAACAGUGAAUGAACCUUCCUCUAUAUUCUUCAGGUUUGACUUGUGUUCUAUAUUUUAAGAAAUUAAGCACCCAUUAAGCUACUAA